GGCGGCGGCGGCGGUGGUGGUGGUUAGAUCUCCAGAGCCAAGCUACUUGGAUGCUUGCCUUUCGGAGCCCCGGAGGAUUAUACAAGGCAGGAACUCAAGGGGAUCUCCGACGCCCAAAGAUAAAAGGAAGAGGGGCUUUCCCCUCCCCCGCCCCCGCCGAAAGCGACCAAGCACAGCUCAAGCCCUUGGAUUUCUUGUGAAGAGACAGUCAGGGGGGCUGAGCGCUGGACCAGCAUGGCAUCGACAGAAGGUGCCAACAACAUGCCAAAGCAGGUGGAGGUGCGGAUGCAUGAAAGCCACCUCAGUCCAGUGGAGCCUCGGCCGAAGAACCUGUGUGUGCGGCUCUGCCUUUCGCUCAGAAAAAAUCUGCUUCUUUCCCUCACUGUGUUUGGUGUCAUUAUGGGUGCAUUAUGUGGGGCUCUCCUUCGCAUGGCAGCCCCUAUUAAUCCUGAUGUCAUCAUGUUGAUAGCCUUCCCAGGAGACAUCCUGAUGCGGAUGCUAAAAAUGUUGAUUCUCCCUUUAAUUAUCUCAAGUUUAAUCACAGGUCUGUCUGGCUUGGAUGCUAAGGCUAGUGGUCGACUUGGUACAAGAGCCAUGGUCUACUAUAUGUCCACGACUAUCAUUGCUGCCGUAUUGGGAGUUAUUCUGGUCUUAGCCAUUCAUCCAGGCAAUCCAAAGCUCAAGAAACAGCUGGGAGAAGGAAAGAAAAAUGAUGAAGUUUCCAGUCUUGAUGCUUUCUUGGAUCUUAUCCGAAACCUGUUCCCUGAAAACCUUGUCCAAGCAUGCUUCCAGCAGAUUCAAACAGUCACCAAGAAAGUACUUGUUCCUCAAGAAAUCGAAGAACCAGCCAAUGUUACAGACUCCAUCUUUGCCAUGAUGAAUGAAACAGAAGUGACUCCAGAACCCGAGAUGAUGAUUAAGAAAGGCCUUGAGUUUAAGGAUGGAAUGAAUGUCUUGGGUCUCAUUGGGUUCUUUAUUGCUUUUGGUAUUGCAAUGGGCAAGAUGGGAGAACAAGCUAAGAUGAUGGUGGAUUUCUUCAAUAUCUUGAAUGAGAUUGUAAUGAAGUUAGUAACCAUGAUCAUGUGGUAUUCUCCACUGGGCAUUGCCUGUCUCAUCUGUGGAAAAAUCAUUGCUAUCAAAGACUUGGAAGUAGUUGCUAGGCAACUUGGGAUGUACAUGGUAACUGUGAUCAUAGGCCUUCUCAUCCAUGGCGGGAUCUUUUUGCCUUUGUUGUACUUUGUCAUAACAAGGAAAAAUCCCUUCUCAUUCUUUGUUGGCAUAUUUCAAGCAUGGAUCACUGCUUUAGGCACUGCUUCAAGUGCUGGUACAUUACCUGUUACCUUUCGCUGCCUUGAAGAAAACUUGGGCAUUGAUAAGCGUGUGACAAGAUUUGUCUUACCUGUUGGGGCCACUAUUAAUAUGGAUGGAACUGCCCUUUAUGAAGCAGUGGCUGCCAUCUUCAUAGCACAGAUGAAUGGAAUUGCAUUGGACGGUGGACAGAUAGUCACUGUCAGCCUGACAGCUACCCUUGCCAGUGUUGGAGCUGCAAGUAUACCCAGUGCAGGACUGGUAACCAUGCUUCUCAUCCUCACCGCUGUAGGUCUUCCCACGCAGGACAUCAGCUUACUUGUUGCUGUAGACUGGCUCUUAGACCGAAUGAGAACAUCUGUCAAUGUUGUGGGAGAUUCAUUUGGAGCUGGCAUUGUCUAUCACCUCUCCAAAGCAGAGUUGGAAAACAUUGAUGCCCAUCACAAAGGGCACGAAGAUAUCGAAAUGACCAAGACUCAAUCCAUUUACGAUGACCUGAAAAACCAUAGGGAAAACAACUCAAACCAGUGUGUUUAUACAGCUCACAACUCUGUCAUAAUAGAUGAGUGCAAGGUCACCCUGGCAACCAAUGGCAAAUCUGCAGACUUCAGUGCUGUUGAAGAACCUAGGAAACAUGAGAAAUAAAGGAGAAGAAAUCCAGAUCCAUCUUUAAUAAACCCCAGAAGUUAUCUUCUGGUAAAAGCUGAUAUCAAGAUUCAAGAAGAUUUUCCACCGUUUUCAUUUAGCAUAAAAACUAUCUGCUUACUUAAUGCUGUUAACUGAAACUUAGAAAUGGUCUCAUAGUGUUCCUUUAGCAUCUUGGACAAAUAAUUCAUAACUAUCUGUCUUGCUUGUGUUACCAUUUGAACGGAUGUAGCUGGAAGACAUUCUGUUGGUUUAAGAGAUGUAUUUUGCUGGGCUUCCUCUUUUCACUCAAGACAUAGAGAAUGUAGAUGCUGCAAAGAGGAAAGACCAAAAAGCCUCAAUAUACAGUAGUUGGCUUGCUACAGGGAUUCAGGUCGAGUGAGAAGCAUUAAGUAUUGUGUAAACCAUGCAGUAUUUUCAUUGCCUCUCCUCCUGCUGAACAUGUCAACCAGCACCUUGGUACGUAUUGAGUACAGAUAGCACUCUAGACUGUAAUAUAUUAUCAUUGUAAAUGUUUUACAUGCGCUUUAUUAAUACUUGGCAUAUGACACCCUCGAUUCCCUGUUCUUCAAGCCAUCUUCAAAUGUAUGGUCUUACACCCCAAUUCUAAAUGGAUUAACUUGAAACCCAGCACCCCACAAAUGCAGAAACACACCCACCCAGGGAGUUUCAUUUCCAUCACAGCAGGCCCAGCUUCUAUCCCAGUUCUGCAAACCAUUAACUCUUUUUAAACUUGAAAGCACGGAAAAAGUGACUUGCUGUUUAUGGUGGUGUGUGAGCAUAUGCAUUUGCUUAACCCUCUGGGAAGCAUUGCAUAACUGGUUUGAAUGAAUUUUGCCCAUGGA